AUAUGGUAUUUAUAAGAUAUUUUAGGACAAAAACCAGUGGUUGUUAUAUUCAAACAUAACUUAAUGAAUACAAUAUUAUCAAGCAAUGUCAACAUUAAAAAAGCUUAUGUAUAUGAAUUUUUAAGUGAUUGGUUAGGCGAUAGUAUAGUUAAAAGUACCGGUGCUAAAUGGAAAGCUAGACGCAAACUGUUGACACCCGGGUUUCAUUACAAAAUAAUCAACAAUGAUUUUAUACCCAUAAUCAAUGAACAGGCAAACAUAUUUAUGGAUAAAAUACGUAAUYAAUUAGCAAUUGAUAGACAAUCGUCAAUUGAUAUCCGGAAACCGUUAUCUUUGUUAACACUGGAUAUUAUUUGUGAAACAGCAAUGGGUGUACAAUCAGGCGCACAGUUAGGCAAAAAUAUGGCAUACGUUGAGGCCGUUCACCAGUUGGACGAAAUAAUUAUAAAACGUUUAUUUUCGCCAUGGAUUUGGUCGGACCGAGUAUUUUAUUGGUCACCGAUUGGCCGUAAAUUUAGACAAUAUCUCAAUACGUUUCACACAUUUACCCGCAAUGUUAUCCAACGAAAAAUAGAUUUGUUUAUCGAUAAUAAUAAUAAUAAUAAGGAUUUAAAACAAAAGAUAACAACAAGUGAUGAUAACACCAACGAUGACGACAACAAUGACGACUAUUUUUCAAAUAAUAAUCAGAAGAAGAAGAAGAAAAGUAUGGCACUAAUGGAUCUGUUAAUUGAUUAUCACUUAAAUCAAAAUUUAUUAUCAAUGGACGACAUAAGCGAAGAAGUGAAUACAAUUAUGUUUGGCGGACACGACACUACUUCGGCAAGUCUUGGAUGGACUCUCUAUUUGAUUGGUUUGUAUCCGGAAGUACAGCAUAAGAUUCAAGAAGAGUUGACCACAAUUUUCGGAUCAGACAACGACCACCAAAACAACAUCAAUAGAGACAUUACAUCCGAAGACAUUCAACGGAUGACUUAUUUGGAUUGUGUACUGAAAGAGUCGUUACGUAUGUAUCCGUCGAUACUGUAUUUUUCUAGAUGUCUGGUCGAUGAUUGUCCGAUCGGCGAUAAUAAUGAUUAUGUCAUACCUGCCGGUGUCGAUGUCUUUAUAAUGAUUGAACAAAUGCAUUACGACUCGGAUGUCUACACCAAACCCGACCAUUUCAUACCCGAACGCUUUCAAUGCGAGACCAGUCAAAUAAAUGCCUACAAUUAUAUACCGUUUAGUGCCGGUCCGCGCAAUUGUAUCGGUAAACGGUUUGCCAUAACCGAAGAAAUGUUGGUUUUAGCAAAAGUUUGCCUAAAUUUUACUAUUGAAUCAAUCGGAUGGUUAGAUAGCGUACAGAGAACCGCUGAAAUGGUUAAUCACGCAAAAAGUCCGCUAAAUAUGAGAUUUAUUUCUAAAAUUUAA